AUGGAUUCAGCAUGGGAUUUUACCAGAAAGCCUUAUUGGUGUGAGGCCUCUUAUGUCCUGCUUGAAUAUGCCAAAACUGCCAUGUUUAUGUGGAUGUUUAUUGAGGGUUGGUAUCUGCAUAAUAUGGUUACGGUAACCGUUUUUCAAGGACGUUUUCCCUAUAAACUCUUCUUUCUGGUGGGUUGGGGUAUGCCUGUACUAAUGACAGCUAUAUGGGCAACUUGUACGGCAAUAUAUUAUGCAGCCAGUACCCAUGACUGUUGGUGGAAUUAUAAUUUAACGCCAUACUAUUGGAUAUUGGAAGGACCACGUAUAAUUGUGAUAACGAUAAACUUUGGUUUCCUAUUGAAUAUAAUACGUGUAUUGGUCAUGAAAUUGCGUGAAAGUCAGGCUAGUGAUAUUGAACAGACGAGAAAAGCGGUAAGAGCAGCCAUUGUUCUGUUGCCUUUGUUGGGCACCAUCAAUGUUUUGUAUUUAAUACCGGCUUUAGAGACACCCUGGAAAUUUGCCUUGUGGUCGUAUGUGACACAUUUCCUAACUACAUUUCAGGGUUUUUUUAUAGCUUUACUAUAUUGUUUCCUAAAUGAGGAGGUAAGGGCCGUUUUACUUAAAAGUUUGGCUGUGUUCAUGUCAUUGCGUGGCCAUCCUGAGUGGGUUCCUAAAAGAGCUUCUAUGUAUUCAGCUGCCUAUAAUACGGCUCCCGAUACUGAAAAUCAUCCACCGGAUAGCAAAAGAAACGAAUCACCCAACUCAAAACGUCUUAAUGGUCGUAAGGCCAGUUGUUCAACUGUGAUCCAUCAGACGGCAAAUAAGAGUAAUCCUAAAAUACAAAUAAGUCCACGACUCUCGCACAGCAAUUCUAGCGAUCCAGCUGGUUUUAAUCAUCUUGAUAAUCGUUUAGGCAGCCUGCAAAGUAACAACAAUAAUGCCGUUGGUAGUCUGACAAAUCUGAAUACCAUAGGCCGGCCACAGCAUUCUAAUCAUCAUCAUCAUCGUUAUGAACGCCGUCACAAUUGGAUGUUAUCAAUGUGUUUUCGUGGCCAAAAGGUACUAAGUGUACCGCCAGCGUCAUCUGAACCUCCUGAGUCAGUUGUAUUUGAGUUGUCAGAGCAGUAGUUAAUUAGUUUGCGCUUUAAUUUUGUUAGUUUUAUUCUAUAUAUAUUAUUUAUUCUCUCAAACUCUCUCUUUUUGCUCUAAAAUCUAUUAACUGCUUUAAAUACUCUUUAAAUAUUUUUUAUACAUAUUUUCCAGAAACACUUCUCUUAACUUUAACAUAAUUAUUUAAAUACUAUAUAGAGUUUAGUCAUCACUUGGUUAUAUUUCAUAAUUUUAACAGGGGUCUGAAACAAUACACAUCUAAGAAAUUAUCAUUUUGAGACUCUAUAUUGCAAACUACUAGACAUCAUACAUAUCUUAAAGCAUAGACUAGAAUGCGAUCGCUACUAAAGAUUAGAAUACGGACUUGACUGUAGAAUAAACACUACAUUUUGCACUAGAAGAUAUCAAUGACUAGACUAUAGAUUAUACAAUUAACUAGAUUGUAGACUAAACUAUAGAUUGGACUAUGACCAGACACUAUACUAGCCUAUGUAC